GCCGAUCACACAGCCUGUAUUUGGGGAAUAGAGAGCGCCCGUUGCCUGCUGCAGUAUCAGGGGCACGCCGGGUCCGUGAACUCCAUCAAAUUCAAUCAGAAUCGGGACCUCGUGCUGACUGGAAGUGGCGAUGGAACAGCUCACAUUUGGCAAGCGGCCGUCAAUUGGGAGGUGCCCAAGUAAAAAAGGCCACUCGUCCGAGGAGGAACUCGACGAUAGCGAUGAGCAGGUUGAGGACCGAGAUCGCGUCGACACCUUACGCACUCCACUCUGCGAGUUUACCGGGCCGGGUGGCCACCUUUCCGUGGUGGUGGCUGCCGACUGGCUGUCCAGCAUGGAUCAGAUCAUCACCGGCAGCUGGGACCGCACCGCCAUAUUGUGGGACGUGGAGACGAGUCAGCCACUACAGCCAUUGACGGGACACGAUCACGAGCUCACUCACGUCUCGGCUCAUCCCACCCAGCGCCUGGUGGUGACCGCCUCGCGCGAUACUACAUUUCGUUUGUGGGAUUUCAGGGAUCCCAUACCAGCAGUCUCCGUCUUCCAGGGACACACAGAGACCGUCACAUCCAGCGUCUUUGCUCGGGACGAUAAGGUGGUCUCCGGAUCCGACGAUCGCACCGUCAAGGUUUGGGAGCUGCGCAACAUGCGCUCGGCCUUGGCCACCAUACGCACCGACUCGUCCGUCAACCGCCUGGCCGUUUCCACCGGAGGAAUCAUCGCAAUACCCCACGACAACCGCCAGAUUCGCCUGUUCGAUUUGAAUGGACAGCGCGUGGCCCGAUUACCGCGCACCAGCCGCCAGGGGCAUCGACGCAUGGUGUCGUCGGUGGUCUGGGCAGAGGAGCCACUGCUGAAUUGUGAUUUGUUCUCGUGCGGCUUCGAUCGGCGCGUCUUCGGUUGGUCCAUCGUGCUGCCGAAGGACAACUGAAAGUGACUCAAAAAUUGAGCCGCAGUCAUACGGCCCAAAGAAGAGAAAACUAUGAUCUAAAAUAACCGCUUUAAGAACCCGAAUAUCUCUCGAACAAAUCAUCCGCGCUUCGUUGUCUAGAUCUAGAUUCGGGGCUCGUUCUUAUGUGUAACCAUAAUCAUAGAUCCAGUAUUAUACAUACAAACAUUGUUCUAAGUGUUUUAGAGUCGCAUGCAAAUUUGUCGCCCUCUGAGUGUAACUAACUUUGCUUUUAUGCCAAAUAGUCGUGGUUAUUAUACAUACAUAUUCGAAUUCUCAUAGUUCCUGCAAACCCCGGAUGUAGAACAGAGAUGGGACUGGACUGGACUGGGAUAUGGGAGCGGGGCGGAGAACUUCCAACUAUAUUAUCUGUGUUUAUUAUCAUAAUGCGAAAUAUAACUUACUCUAGUGUGUGUCUAAGGCAUGGGCUUAACGUUGAUGUUACAGGUAGAACAAUUCAAAUAAACGUAAUCAAAUGCCCGAA